GUAGUGGCCGCCGCCGCCGGUUCCGCGCUGCCAGGUGGGGCCCACAGCUGGCGGCUUCCCCGCUUCCUCCUCCGGCUCCGAUGCACCACGCCUCCCCCUCCUCCUCCUCCUCCUCCUCCGCCGCCGCGGCGCGCCCCGGGACAGAGGAGUUCCCCGUGGACAUCGUCAGCGACGAGGAGAUGGCGCUCAUCGACGCCGCGCUCGCCGCCGCCGCGGCGGGGGCACGCCCCCUCCUCUCCGCAGCGGCCCGUCGCGCCGCCGUCCCGCUCUUCUGCGCGGCGUACCCGCCCGCCGCCGGCGACAUCGAGGACACGCCUCUGCCGCGGAGGUCUCGGCUCGCUCGGUUCCGGGAGCGCCGCGCGCUCGCCGUCACCGAUAUCACCGCCACGGAAUGGUGCGAGAAGCAGAUGGAGUUCGUGCUCGAACGGGGCAAGCCGGAAAAGACCGUGGCCAUGAAGGUCGGUUCGGACCGCCAUGCCCAGCUCGAGCAAGAGGUUGUUGAGAGAGUGGAUGUCGCCAUUAGAUCUGCGGAAGAACUAUGGGCAGUAAAAUUCAUCAACUUCAUCGUGGGAACAAACCAGCUAAUGUUCGAGGGCAUGACACGGGAAAUUCCAGUGAUUGGGUUUGUCGAAGGUUCAUGGAUGAUAGGAAUUAUAGAUGAAAUCAAAAUGCCCACGGUUGGCGUUUCAUUGCAACCCAUGCUGGUGGAUACAAAGACACGUUCCACGCGAACAAUUCCAUCAGAAGCACAAAAAAGAAAUGGAAGGCUUCAACUGAUGUGUUACAAGUAUCUAUGGGACAAUUUGACCACACAGAAAUUCCCAGCAGAGAAUUUCUUCAGCUAUUUUGACCUGGACCCCAACUACUUGUUAUCAGAUGAUGUCAAGGGGUAUAUUAACUCAUUGGGAUUCAAUGCAAAGACCUUUGAAGAUGUAUUGAAAUAUUUCAAGGUUACCUGCCAUACACUACCACGGUCUCAAGAACAGCUGCUCUUGAGAUAUGAACUACAGGAAGACCAUUCCCUGCUUGAAGCAUACGGGUUCACUUAUGAUGCUAGGUGGUUCAAGGAUCAAAUCCAGGAAGUCCUCAGCUUCUGGAUAGGAUCACAUGAACCUAAAUUUGUAGCCGAAGAGGAGAGGUGGAAGUGCCGUUUCUGCAAAUUUGUGUCAGAUUGCCCAAUGACUGCUUCCAUGCCAAGAUUUUGAUACUAACAAAAAUUGCUCUGAAUUGGUGGCUUGGUGAAAUAUUUGAUGCUGAGUUCUGUAGCCUGGAGAUAGUCUAGCUUUAAUCGCCUCUUUGUUUCCACAGGCGCGUAUGUAAUUUUAACAUUUUGGGGUGUUGUGGUUUGUGUUGUAUUUGGGGUCUCUCCCCCCUUUUUCUUCUAAGUAUAAUGAAGCGCAGUUUUCCUGCGUUUUCAAGAAAAGAAAAUAUUUGAUGGUGAGCUGAAGAACCAAUUGUGCAGAUGAAUUUGAAAUGUAGCUCAUUGUUAUUUGACUCCACAUGCAGCUUUGUAACUCAUAUAUUAUUGAUUGGCAAUAGGAUUCUAUUCUUGUUUUACA